AUGAGAGGUUUUCAGUGCCAAGCCCUCUUCAUCUCACUGUGCGUUUUGCACCUCUUCGUUGUCACAGAAGGGCGCCCCCUCAGGAAAAGGACAGUAAGUGAGGUCCAGCUCAUGCACAACCUCGGGGAGCACAGGGAGGUGCAAGAGCGCCGCGACUGGCUGCAGUUGAGGCUCCGGGGCAUCCAUACCGCCCCGCGCCACAGCCAAUUGGAGGCGGGCCGGCCGAGGAGGAGGUUGCUUCCCGACGAGCUGCCCGAAUUGAUCGGCCUGACAACGGAGGAACUCCAGGAAGCCAUAAAAAUAUUUGAGAAUCUCCUUAACGCCACACAACCAGAGUCUGAGGAUUUCACUUGACAGUCUACUGCAACAAUUCCAGUUUUUUUUUUUUUAUUCCCCUACUUGGAUACUUUUCGAUAAAAGUUAUUUUUCUAAAUGUAUGUGCUAUUUUGUAGUUAUAUUUAUUAAAUUGUUAUUUAAGAACUGACUAAUUUGUUCACUGAGGAGCAAAGACUUGAGUAGGCACUUUAUUCUUUUUUUUUUCCAUCUAUUUAUUUGCAAAAUGAAAAACGAACAAUGUAAUAUUACCAUUGCAC